GUUAGGUCAAUAUCACAAAAGUAUUAAGAUUGUAAGCGGGGGGGAAAUAGCUCAUUGUGCCUGAGAGCCGGCAGCUACUCAACACGUACAAGGCUGAAGACAGUCUGACAGAAGAAGAAUAAGAUGCACUGAUAAUUGGAUCCCUCCCAAAUCCCUGUCGAAUGAUGAUCAGAGAAAUCGUGAUUGUGCUGCAUCCUGUUUCUGUGUGUGUGCCUGUGAACCACAAGGUGACUCUGAGAGUCUGUGCUGAGGGCACAGGUAUCCUCAGCUACCAGUGGUUCACUGAAGACAAUAAGGAGGUUCCCGGUGGCAUUAAAGCAGACCUGACCAUCACAGCUAAACAAACUCAACUCUUUGUGUGCCGAGUUAGUGACCACCUCUUCAACUAUGUGUUCAGCGACUGGGUGAAAGUGAAGGUGUUGGACAUUGAUAAAUCAGUUUCUUUUCAAACAUCAGGUUUGCCAGUAGACUGGACGGGCGAGCCACACAUUGCCAUCAACCCUAAACCCCGGACAGUCAGGAAGGGGACGAAAGUCACUCUCCGCUGUUUAGCCUUUGGCAUCCCAGCUCCUUACUAUCACUGGUACAGAAAUGGACAGCCACUCCUGGACAAAACCAGUGACACACUGCAGAUUGAACAUGCAACAGCCGAACAUGAGGGAUCAUACCUGUGCUCAGUAUCUAACGUCUUAGCAGAGAGAUGGACUGAACCGGUCCAGGUUGAACUUGAGCAAAUGCAGCAGCUUCCUCCUCCUGCACCCACAGCCUCUGAUAAAGUUGCCCUACUUAUUGGCAACCUGAAUUACUCCAACCACCCUGGCUUGAUGGCCCCCAUCAUGGAUGUACACAAGCUGUCCAACCUCCUGCAGCAGCUUGGCUUCAGAGUGGUUUCACUGCUGGAUCUCACCAAGGAGGAGAUGCUUGCUGCUAUUGACAAGUUCAUUCAGCUCCUUGAUAGAGGAGUUUAUGGACUUUUCUACUAUGCCGGUCAUGGGUAUGAGCGGGCUGGGAGAAAUUACCUGGUAGCUGUUGACGCUCCACAACCAUACAACCCUAAAAACUGCGUCUGUGUGCAGAGGGUCAUGCACAGCAUGCAGCAAAGACAGACUGCGCUGAACAUUAUACUACUGGAUACCUGUAGAAAAUGGUACAACCAGGAUUGCAUGCCCUCAGCCAUCAUGCCCUUGGCACCAAGUGGGAACACUGUUUAUGGUUAUGCCACGUGUGAAGACGCUGAGGCUUUUGAGGUACAGGACGGGGGGAAAAGUACUGGAAUCUUCACCAAGUACUUGAAUGCGCACAUCCUGCAGUCUGUGAAAGUCACACAUGUCUUGGAGAGGGUUUCUGAGGAUCUCGGAAGAGACCCUCUUGUCAUAGGCAAGCAGGUGGUGGAGAUAAAACACACCCUGACGGAACCCAGAUCCCUUGCAGACCCAGUUCGCACCACCGGCUACACAAGAGAACUCCACCUGCGAGAUGCCUGUUGGAGACAAGCAAAUGAGCUACCACGGAAGAAGCGGCUGAUGUUCCUUUGCGGGGUAGAAGUGGAAGUGAGCUUCUCGGCUUUGUUCUCAAAUGUCUUGGUGGUUUUUGCCAUUGUGAAGACUACAGGCCCCAGAACCCAGGACUGCACCAUCACUCUGAGCAGCACGCCUACAAUGGAAGACUUGUUAUCCGGCCCUUGCAGGUCAGAGGAGAUGGACUCCCUUCUAUUUAUGACAUCUGAAAAGCCAGACUGCUCUUUGCGACUUUGUGCCCUUCAAAAACUGAAGGAAUCACUGGUCAUCAAAGUGGAGCUACACUAUACACACAUUGACAAUCAGCUGCGCAAGACAGAAAGUCUAAAAGUGGAAAUAGGAAAGCCUUUGGUGGCAUCGUGCAAUCUUCACAGGAGGAAUCAUGCAACAACAAGCAAGAAAAAAGAAGGGGCUUCUGUUCAAAGUAUGGGCAACAUUUCAAAUGGAAGACAGCUGCACCAGACUCUGGCUGGACCAUGCCGCCCUUGCACAAGAAAGGCAGAGUGUGCUCCUAAAGUUGCAGGUACAACAAGCAACGAACCUGAAGAAAACGAUGAAAAUGAACUGCAAGACUAUACUCUUGCCUAUAGACUUGCCUGGCCCCAUUAUUGUAAAUACUAUAUUGAAAGAACUGAAUGUUUUUUUUACUUGUAUGAUAAGGAACCACACAGAUGGAGAUCUUGUUUUUGUGAUGGUUGAUAACGAAUGAGUGAAUGACUGAGGUUUGGCUUGGUGUUGCCGACCCUCCUUAUAUUUUUGGCACAACACAAGACAUAGCCUAAUAACACUUAAUUUUGCUAACCACUAAAUAAAUCAUGCAUUUUUUUAACUUAUUAUAAAUAUCACUUUAUAAUCAAUGGCAAGCUGGCUAGCCUAAUUUUGAGAAUAAACUUAAGCUACUGUUGAUAAUUUAUGAAAUAAAUCUCUUGUCCAGGACGAGAUUCAGGUGAAAAAUAAAUAAAUUACCUUUAUCAAUCGUUUGAAACCGGUUCUAUCUAUUCUAGUCUUAUAUAGGCUAUCCACCAAAAUGUAUUGUUGCAAUUUUUGCAAUAGUACCUAACGUAGGUUUUAGUUUUGAUACAUAGGUAUUUUAUGUAAAUGAACAAUAACACUUCUUAUCCCUGAGACCGUAAACGCUUGAUACCUGUAACCAGAAAUAAUCAGAAUCCUAACUUCGUUUCGGUGAGUGACGUCAGACCUCUGAGACCAAAACAUCAGUAAUGUGCUUUUGUGUGGUUUCGGUUUAACAGUAAAUGAACAGAAAAAGAAUACAAUAAAAUAUGCAAUAAUGUUUUUACGACGAAUACCGUAAAAUUACACAAGCCUACUAAAUGUAUUGCAUUUUCUUCGUUUUGGUCGCUGCAGUGUAAAAUAAUUGCUUUUUUAUUUUGCCUUUUAGAAAAUGCAAUUUCUUCUACCUUGACUUUCUUCCCAUAUGGUACUCUGAUUAUGAAUCGAAAGUCUUGCCUUGUAUAACCGGCCCCUGUUAGCUCGCCGUGAUCGUAUAGUGGUUAGUACUCUGCGUUGUGGCCGCAGCAACCCCGGUUCGAAUCCGGGUCACGGCAGGGCGAUGUCAACACAUCGGGGAUUCUUCUAUUUUUAUUAUGUUACUCUCUGUUACAAGAAUUAUAGUAUUUGAGCUCAACGCAAACACGUUAAUUGUCAUUUUCUUAAGCAGACCGUUAUUUCAUUUUUGACUGCAUUAGUCCUUAAUUGUUCCCUAAUUGUUUAAAUUAGUUAUCAGCCAAGAAGUCUGCAGAAAAGUCUAGAUUUGUUUUAAAAACGAGAUGCUUUCCAUUAGUGUCUGUGUCCCAUAUAAACCUGCCACUGCUUCUUGAUUUUGCUCCAUAUAAAAGAUUUAGUUUCUGUUUUGCUUAUUGGAAUUGUAAGCUGGGCUACUUGAUUUGCCCUUAAUUCAUUUUUAGCGAGGUGAUCUAUACUCUACUGUCUCAUUACCUUGUAUGUUUACAUAAAAACUGCACAUUUAUUCUAUAUAAAGCAUCCAUGUAGUUGCAUUACUGCCAUAUUUCGGAGUCAGUCAGCUCCUACAUUGUCCCUAUUUCUAUAAUGAUCCCCAGUUGAUUAUGCAUUUCUUCAAACAUGUGCUCCCCUUCCACCUUAUAAUGCAUUUAAUAUGACGCGCUACAGAUUCUGUUCCCUGAUAGUGCUCAAAAGGACCAGUUGUUGGAUGCUUUCCUAUGACAGUGUGAAGUAGUGAACUGCAGUCUGUUGUGCCCUAUCUGUAAUCUUACUAAAAUGACCUCCUCUCACCGGUUUCCACCCCUCAACCUUACUCUGGUUCACUCAUGGUUUGUUUGUAUUUUUCCUUGCAUUGGUCUCAACCUCAGAUUUUGAUAAUCCCACUAGGAACCCACUAUAACGAGACUUCAAUGUCCUGUUCUAUUGUUCUUUUGUGAUAUGAUAACUUUAUACAGGACAUGGGAUAUGCCUGGUUUAAAUGAUACUACAGAGUGCAGACACAAUUACUGCAAAUAAGGACUUUUUUUUUUUUUUCACUUACAUUGCUUACUCCAAUCCAGGGUCAUAUAGCAAAUAGCAACUGAACUGUAUAAACAGAUAAUAAAUCAGAAGUGCAUUCCACUUUUUCAGUUUCAUGACUUGGUAUUGAUGAUGCUGUUUUGUCUUUUUUAUUUGUCUGUCUAUCUAGUUAUUUGUGUUCAGCAUACCAAUAAAAAGCACCGACCAAAUCUG